GCCAAAUAGCUCAACAAAUUAGUAAUUAACGUUAAAAAGUGUGUUUAAUUGAAUUUAAUCAUAAUGUUGAUUAAAAGAACGUGGCAGAACACAAAAUAUCUUAAAAGUUACUUUAAAAAAUAUGUUUCGACGUAUGUGCAGGGACAAGAGCCAGAAGCAAAAAUACGGGAAUAUUUUUACUAUAUUGACCAUCAGGGAAUGUUAUUUCUAGAUGACGCCAGGAUGAAAAAUUUUACUUCGUGUUUCAAAGAGAAGAAAUUUUUACGAUUUUUCUUCAACCAGAUGAGAUUAAAUGAUACAGAUAGGUACAAAGAGUUUCCAUAUCUUUCUAUAUGUGGUAAAGAACGUAAUUUUAUUAGAUGUGAUGACUAUCCAAUAGUUUUUACACAUGUAAUCGACAAAAAAACUAGGGAGGGAAAUAUUGAAAAACAUUUUGCAUAUAACCAUGCAGGGGAUUUGCUAUCAAUAAAAUUUCAGCCUGAAAAGAUUGUGAUGAUGCCUGAAACUGGCAGAGUUUACCAUCCAGCUUUGGAAAGGGCAGGAUCAAUAGGUUUAGUCCAAUCGAAAACGGCGAUUGAGUUUAGUAAAUUUUUUGAAUUUGACAAUGGGGAAAAUAAUCCACCAACAAGGUUUAAAUUUGAGGGAACUGAGUAUAUUUUGGAGAAAAAUUGGUAUAAGGAUAUUGUAAAUAAAAUAAGUUGUUAG